AUGCAGCUCAAUUUUCCCUGGAUCUAUCCCGUACGGGUCGUGCAAGUCGUCUUCGGCAUAAUAGUGCUAGGUUUGGCAGCAUAUGCCAUCAAUAUACCUGUGAGUAGCGAUACCGUCAACUUCAUGCUCUUCAAUGGCAUCUGGACGGCAUUCCUCGCUACGCCCUAUCUCGCCUUCGCACCGGCGUUCUUCCCCCACGCGGCCCUUCAGUUUGUCGUACCUGCAGUAGAGGCAGUCACUGCGAUCUUCUGGUUCGCAGGUUUCGUGGCCACAGCUACUAUCUUGCCCCCGCCCCGAUUGUGUCACGGGGGACUGUGUAAUUCGCUGCAGGCGGCUACGGUGUUUGGGGCUUUCGAAUGGGUGCUGUUUAUGGUCACUGCCGUCUUUGCUGGACUGGGUGCUCUCCGAACUCACCGGGAGGGCAGGACGGGGAAUGCCCCCCCGACGACCACCGUCAACCUGGGUGUCUAA